AUGUCGACUCCUGCGCUACCACUACUCACAAAAUGGCCCUGCGCGGACACCUGCAUAACCGCAUAUGAUGGAUUUUGCGAACGCUUCACAUUUACAAAUAUCUGGCCAGCGACGGCACAAUGCCUUCUAAGCACUUGCAAUGAAAAAGAUCGCAUCGCACUUCAAAAGUCCGUAGCAGGAUAUUGCGAUGCUGUUGGAUAUCCUGAUGUUUGGGGUCCAUACAUGUGGGGGGCCACGGACGAAGACGCUCCUUCGAAAACCACAUCUGUGAAAAGCGCAUCGGUCGAAUCAACGUCGUCAUCCACUCCAACCGUAUCCACGAGCCCGAUAUCUUCAGCAGCUCCUGUUCCUGUCCCUCCGGCCACUGUCACAAUCAUCAACAACGCAGCUGCGACAACUUUUGCAGAACCAACAACCACCACGACAAAUUUGCCUUCCGAAUCGCAAGGUCCAUCUUCCGGCUUACCUACUGCUGCUAAGGCCGGCAUCGCGGCCGGAAUAGUCUUUCUUGCCGUCCUGAUUCUACUCGGUUGGUUCUUAUUUCGUUGGCGAAAGAGGAAGAACGAGCCGAAUUUCCCUGAGGGUCCAGACCAUAGCCCAACCCCAAGUCCCAAAGUCAAAGAUUUCGAAGAAGCGCCCGUCAUUAGUUAUUCCAUCGAAGGCGGCAUGCUAACACGAAAGGAAAAACCGAACCUGUCUAUUAGAGUCAUAACUUAA